AUUAUUAAGUAAAACACUUUUUAUAUACAAUAAUAAACCUAUUUGUGUUUAAAAAAACCCUUACCUACUACUACUACUACUACUACUACUACUGUUCAAAAAAAACAUGUUGUUCCUCAUGGCUUAUAAUUUUGCACUUCAUAUAUCGAUAGCCUCGAUAGCCAUCGACUUUGUGUUGGCUGUCGGCGCCCUAUUAACCGGCACUUCAUCGUCCAACUGUGCCUUUGCCGUCGACUGUCUAUUAGACGUAUUUUCCAAUGCCAUACUGGUCUGGCGUUUCUAUGGCGAUUCAAACGGUCGACCGACACCACCACCGCCGGUSCCGGAAAAGUCAUCACUGUUGGCCAGUUUUGACCGACAYCCACAGUUUCAGUUGUCCGGUAACCAAUCGCCGGCCAUACARCGYAAAGAGUUGUUGGCCUGUCUCGGUUUGGGCAUAAUGUUUAUACUAUCCGGUGUCAUAGUGAUAGGCAAGUCGGCCUGGGAUCUGGUCUCAGCCGAUGAGGUCAUCGAUCUCGAGCCCGAUAUGAAUGGUUUGCCGGGUAUACUACACGUAACAUCGGUAGCAUUUGUGAUAUGCGGUCUGUUAGCUUUGGGAAAAUACAUGCUAUACAAACAUAUGAACUCCCAGUCCAUGUAUUUAGAAUCUAUAAAUUCAUGGAUCUCAUCGAUACUAGCGCUGGUAAUAGUGAUCAGUACAAUGAUUAUCCAAUACGACAACAAUCUAUGGAUAUUGGAUCCGAUUGUGUCGAUAGUAUUCUCAGUUUUUAUGAUCGUCUACGGCGUCUAUAAUAUACGUAAAUCGGAUACAGCUUUAAGGGUUAACCGGGAAAGUUAUGGCUGCUAUAAGAAACCAAUACAAUUGAAUCGCAAACGAGUCGAGUAUAUAAUGAUUCCGUAGGCCUGUGCUGAGCUGCUGAUGAUGAUAACCGCACCCAAUCAUACCAUCAUAUAUAUAGGCUUUUAUAUCUAUAUAUUUAGUCAACAUUUUUUAAAUAAUAUUUUUUAGUGACAAACAAAUAAUUCA